AUGCUACCUAAACGACAUAUCGAAGUUGUUUAUAUCCAAGAUUCUGAUUCUGAAUCAGAUGCUAAACCUUCUCCAUCCAUAUACGAACCUGAUGAACCGGAAUACGAACCUGAACCUGAACGUAAACCGAAAGCGGAACACGGACAAGAGAAAAAACCAAAAUUGAAAUCUGAACCUGAUCAAGUGGGAGGGUCAACACCAAAGAAAAGAAGAUAUUUGAAACCGAAAAUUCCUUGGUCGCCGGAAGAAGAUGCAAUCCUCAGUGAAUUACUCGAAGAAGUUAUAAAAACGUACAUUUGGCCAAAAGUUAGAGAAGAUGGGAGAUUGACACAUCGUUCAAGUUACGGAUGUCAAUAUCAUGCCAAGAUGCUAUUGAAGCAGGGAACGGGGAAGAUGAAUACUAGGUGA